CCAGUCAAAAGCGGCGCGUUUGGGACUUGUUUUUCAGCCGCUGCCAACCGCCGGAUUUGAAUCGCGGCGCAGCUACCUGGCGCCGGUGUGGUGGCGGUGAGAUGGGCGCCCCGUCGUUGCCGGAGGCCUGGAAGCCCUACCUCAAGGACCACCGCCUCGCUACGUUCAAGAACUGGCCCUUCUUGGAGGGCUGCGCCUGCACCCCGGAACAGAUGGCUGCGGCCGGCUUCAUCCAUUGCCCCACUGAGAACGAGCCCGACUUGGCCCAGUGUUUCUUGUGCUUCAAGGAGCUGGAAGGCUGGGAGCCAGACGACGACCCCUUGGCGGAGCAUGAAAAGCACUCGCCUGGCUGUGCCUUCCUGUCUCUGAAGAAGGCUUGUGAAGAAUUAACCCUCGGGGAGUUCUUGAAACUGGACAAGGAAAGAGCCAAGAACAAAAUUGCAAAGGAGGCCACCAGUAAGCAGAAAGAAUUUGAAGAAACUGCAAAGCAGGUCCGCCGCGCCAUUGAGCAGCUGGGGGCCCGGAAGUGAGGCCCCGCCCACCCUCCUCCACUGUGGGCCCUGCGCAGGCUCGUCCCGGCUCGGCCCUGCCCUGCCCUCACGGCGCCUUAGGCGAGGAGAACCUCACAACUUUGAAAUGAGAAUAUUUAAACUGUAUUUUUUUUCUCUUGGAAGUGGGGCCACAGGCUACUUCUGUCUUUGCCUCUGGUGUCACUGAGUCUGGUGACUGAUCCCUUUCCCUCCGGAGUUUUUGCGUCGUCCGUCCUGGAUGCAGCCAGGGUGGAAGGCGAGAAGCUCAGUCACGUGGGCAGAGUCCUCCCUGGGGAAGGGGCAGGCCUCCCAUUGCCUGGCCGUGGCGUCGGAGACCCGGUGUGAAUGCAAUCAUAGGUCCGUUGUUCCUGGACGAACAGAGAAUUAAGGUGCCAUUUAAAGUGUCAUUUGCAUAAUCUGA